ACAGCUGCGACAAAACUCAACCUUCCCUCAUCAGGCACUACACUCCACCCACUUCUGUCAGACCCACUCUGCACCGCCACCACCCACUGCUGUCAGACCCACUCUACUCAACCACUACCAUAACCAUGACCUCCUCCAGAGCCACUUACGUCAAAGACCCAACUGGCCGUCAUGAGGUAGAGCCACUACACGCCCGCACUAACUGGUACAAUGACUUCGAGGUGGAGAAUGGUGUGAACAAGCGUAUCAACUGCCUGGUAGCCUUCACUGUGAUCUCCAUCCUGCUAGCAGCAGCUGCACUCACCCUGGCUGUCCUACUUCUCUUCCAGGGGAUGGAGAAGACUGUGAGGGACGAAGCUGACAUCACUUCCCUUAGGCAGCAAAUUAAGCAACUAGGCAAGCAGAUGAUACUGUGUCCGCAGGCGGAGAAUUCUGAUUCAGCUGGCGGUGGUAUGACUCUACGUCCCUUCAAAGAUGAGGAAGUACCCGAAGAGGAGCCCCAAGAGGACGGCUUGCUGAGGAAACUGAAGACUCCGCAAGAUGUGUUGGAACCCCCGUCAGACGAGGCUUCCCCAUUGAGUGAGGACGACACACAUUAUGACCACGACGACGUGCCUUUUCCCUUGUCUCCCAUCGUCAGCGACGACGAGGAAAGUAACUACGAGGGAUCCGGGGAGUGUCCCAAUUACCCAAGACCUGUCUGUCCUCAGAGUAAUCAUUCCCUCUGUUACGAGAUGGAUCCCUCACGCUGCCCCAUUCCUGUCUGCUGUGUCCCAGUAUGACCACGCUAUAUACAUGCCCUAUGACCACAUCACACACAAAUACACAUUUAUAUAUAUAUAUAUA